UCCAAAUUAUGCAGUGAACAUUUACUCGUAGGAACAGUCGUGGAGAAGGGUAGUCUGCUAUUCUUUAUUGUGUUAAAAAAAAUCCCAAGAUGGAAUUUUUAUUUUUAUUUUAUUUUGCUUUAAGUGGGGAAAGGGAAUUGGAUAUGAAGCCCUAGUCUCAUCGGCAAACAUCAGUCAACCUCAACCUGUGAAUAUGAGUAGAAGGAAUUCCAUUAACCGACCUCCCACGCCCGACGCUCGGGAUGACGACCACGAUGCUCCACCCAAGGAGCCUACGCUUCAUGAGAUUGUCAACCUCAAGUUGAUAGAGAGUGGAGAGAAGGAGCGGUUGAUCGAAUUGGUGAGACAAAGGCUGGUCGAGUGUGGAUGGAAGGAUGAAAUGAGAACUCUUUGCAGGGCAUUUGUGAAGACGAAUGGGAGGGAUAAUGUUACUGUGGAUGAUCUUGUUCGUGCAAUCACCCCAAAAGGCAGAGAUUCAGUGAAGGCUGAGCUUCUCCAGGAGAUCCGAAGCUUUCUUGUUUCAGUUGCCCAUUGACAUAUCAGCUUUUACAUAAUGAAUCAUGGUGGAAGUAUCUUAUAGAUUAUUUCCACAGAAGUUCAGCAGAAAAGAAAAUUCUGAGAGCUUUCAUUUGUACUCUGCGUAGAUUUCAUGGAACUUAAUGUGCAGCUGUAUAAUUGUUUUGUUUAUGUUUGCAUUAAGGGAUACAUUUGAAUAGCUUA